AUGGCUCAGAGAAACUGCACACAGGCAACCGAGUUCAUCCUCGCGGGCCUCACCGACCGCCAGGAGCUGAAGAUGCCCCUCUUCACGGCCUUCCUCUCCAUCUACGUUUUCACGGUCCUAGGCAACCUGGGCUUGAUCCUGGUCAUCAGAACAGACGCGAGACUCAGCACGCCAAUGUACUUCUUCCUGAGCAACCUGGCUUUUGUUGAUUUCUGCUAUUCGUCUGUCAUCACGCCCAAGAUGCUUGGCAAUUUCCUGUACCAACAAAAUGUUAUAUCCUUCAGUGCCUGUGCGGCUCAGUUAGGCUGCUUUCUGGCCUUCAUGACGGCUGAGUGCCUGCUCCUGGCCUCCAUGGCCUACGACAGGUACGUGGCCAUCUGCGACCCUCUGCUGUACAUGGUCAGAAUGUCCCCGGGCCUCUGCAUUCAGCUCGUAGCUGCCCCCUACAGCUACAGCUUCCUGGUUGCGUUAUUUCAUGCCACCCUGACCUUCCGCCUCUGCUACUGCCGCUCCAACGUCGUCAAUCACUUCUACUGCGACGACAUGCCUCUCCUCAGGCUCACGUGCUCCGACACACGCUCCAAACAGCUGUGGAUCUUCGCCUGCGCGGGCAUCAUGUUCCUUUCCUCCCUCCUGACUGUCUUCGUCUCCUACGUGUUCAUCAUUUCCGCCAUCCUGAGGAUGCGCUCGGCUGAGGGGAGGCGCAAAGCCUUCUCCACGUGUGGCUCCCACAUGCUGGCGGUGACCAUCUUCUACGGGACCCUGAUCUUCAUGUACCUGCAGCCCAGCUCCCGCCAUUCGCUGGACACGGAUAAGAUGGCCUCUGUCUUCUACACCAUGAUCAUCCCCAUGCUGAACCCUCUGAUCUACAGCCUGCGCAACAAGGAGGUCAAAGAGGCUCUGAAGAAAGCGGUCAGCCGGAGCAUGCAGGCUUGUGUGUGCAUGAAAUUUCAAAAAUGA